UGGGAGGAGCCCGGAAUGAAUGGGGGAGGCUGGGGGACGGAUUGGACAAGCCCCACCCCUGCUGGGCCGGCUGCCAAGUGGGAGGGUGCUGCGGGUGCUGGAGCCGCUCUGGCCGGAGCCGAGCGCACAGACCGCCUGCGGACCUCCGAGGGGCUGCCCAGCCCGCAGCAGCUCCCCUCUUUGAUGGCUCCCCUCGACAAGAGCCUGCUGCUCCUCCUCUUCUUGGCGUCUUCCUGUGCCAGCUCCAGGGCCCAGUUCUUCAUCUGGUGGACAGACACGGCCUCGGAACCCACGGCCGGGCCCCCGCCGCCCCCCGGAGCUCCGGUCAGCAGCGACGCCACCCCCACCCCCACCGCCCAGGCCGGCACCCUCGGACCCCCCCCCGAGGUGCGGACGAGCGCCACCGAGCCGGGGGCCGAGCCGGACCCGGAGCUCUUGGGGGCGAAUGUGAGCCGCCCCGCAGCCCCCUCGCGGGCAUCCCCCGGGAGGGCCGAGCCCCGAGAGGAGAACCUCGCCGGCGUGGGCGCCAAGAUCCUCAACGUGGCCCAGGGCAUCCGCAGCCUCGUCCAGUUCUGGGAUGAGAAAGCCGGCCCGGAGGGCUCCGACCAGGCCAAGGAGGCCGUGACCCCUGCCGCGACCCCUGCCGCGACCCCUGCCGCGACCCCUGCCGCGACCCCUGCCGUGACCCCUGCUGUGACCCCUGCCGCGACCCCUGCCGCGACCCCUGCUGUGGUCCCCGGCGUGGCCUCCGGCUGGACGGAACCCCUGAGCCUGACGGCACCCACAGCAUCUCCUUUGGGAAAUGGGUCUGGGCACCUGCCUCUGGGGCAGCCCUCUGCGGCCCCCCACCCAGGUAGCCUUGCGUCUCCUCCCCUCCCAGAGGCCCUCCCUCCCGGGCACGGCCAGCCUGACCCCGAAGGAGGAGGAUUCCCGGCUUUCGUGGCCUCGGGCAGCCCGGCGGGGGCUUGGGAAAACUCGAGCGCCGAAGUGAGCCUGGCGCAGCUCCUCGGGCAGCCCCCGCCGCGGCACGUCGCCCAGAUCUACGACGCCGACGGCGGCCUCGCCUACGCGUUCGGGCCCGACGCCAACAGCGGCCAGGUGGCGCGCUACCACGUGCCCAACCCCUUCUUCCGGGACUUCUCGCUGCUCUUCCACGUCAAGCCCACCAGCGCGCGGGCGGGGGUGCUGCUGGCGCUCACCGACGCCGCGCAGGCCCGCAUCGCCGUGGGCGUGAAGAUCUCGGCGCCGCGCGCCGGCACGCAGGACGUGCUCUUCUUCUACACGGAGCCCGGCGCCGGCCACACGCGCACGGCCGCCAGCUUCAGCCUGCCGCCCUUCGUCCACCAGUGGACGCGCUUCGCCCUCAGCGUGGACGGCGACGACGUCAUCCUCUACGUGAACUGCCACGAGGUUCAGAGGCUCCCUCUGGACAGGUCUCCCCGGGAGCUCGAGCUGGAGCCGGGGGCCGGCCUCUUCGUGGCCCAGGCUGGGGGAGCCGACCCCGACAGGUUCCAGGGGUUGAUCUCAGAGUUGAAGCUGCGAGGGGACCCCCACGUGACUCCGCUGCAGUGCCUGGACGACGACGACGGCGGCGACGAUGACGGCGACGGGGCGUCCGGGGACUUUGGGAGUGGCGCGGACGAGCAGGAAGGCCCCUCGGGGGCCCCCCUGGAGCCUCCCCUGUUGCCCGGCCUCCCCGUGCCGCCUCCGGUCACGUUUCCCCCCCUGGACAGCAGCUCCGUGAAGGUCCGCCCAGGAGCCGUGGAGGCAGAAGCAGCCGGCGGCCGGCUCGACCGCGGCCGAGAGGAGGGGCCCGGAGGCACCGGACGGCCCGCGGACGCCCGACAGCCGGACAGAGCAGCGACGGAGGAAGGCUCCAGAAAUCAGCCUCCGGCCAUAAAGGGGCAGAAAGGUGAACCCGGAGCUCAAGGCCUACCCGGACCUGCCGGUCCCCAGGGGCCCGCAGGACCUGCCGUCCAGAAUCCCGACGGUCCCACGGUUCAUCGGAUCCCUGGGCCGCAAGGACCUCCGGGGAAGAAUGGCGAGCCAGGCACACCUGGGAAGGAUGGAAAACCCGGCGAGAUGGGGCCUCAGGGCUUCCCAGGAACUCCAGGAGACGUGGGCCCCAAGGGAGACAAGGGAGAUCCUGGCAUUGGGCCGAGGGGCCCGCCCGGCCCCCCAGGGCCCCCCGGACCUCCCGGACCUAUGUUCCGACCAGACAAGUUGACGUUCAUCGACAUGGAAGGCUCCGGCUUUGGAGGCGAUGUGGAGAGCCUGCGGGGUCCCAGAGGAUUCCCGGGGCCCCCGGGGCCCCCGGGGGUGCCAGGCUUGCCCGGAGAGCCGGGCCGCUUUGGCGUGAACAGCACGGAUGUCCCGGCGCCCCCAGGCCUUCCUGGCGUGCCAGGCAGAGACGGAUCCCCCGGACCCCGAGGACCCCCAGGCUCCGCAGGCCUUCCCGGGAAGGACGGACCGCCGGGGGCACGAGGCCAGAAAGGCGAUCGGGGCGACGCCGGCGCCGCAGGACCGAAGGGCGACAGGGGCGACGCCGGCCCAGACGGAGCUCCGGGAGAAGCAGGCUUGGCUGGGCUUCCGGGCCCCGUGGGCCCUCGGGGGCUGCCGGGGCCCCCUGGACCUCCGGGGCCGCCUGGCCCAGGCUGGGGUGCCGGAUUCGACGACAUGGAAGGCUCCGGGGCGCCGUUUUGGACGGGCACACGCGGGGCCCAAGGCCCGCAGGGGCUGCCUGGAUCUCCGGGGCUCAAGGGUGAUCAGGGGACGGACGGACGCGCUGGGGAAAAGGGUGACCCCGGCUUUCCUGGCCUGCCUGGGAGGGACGGCCUGGCGGGGCCUCAGGGCCCCAAAGGGGAGCCGGGAAGCCCCGGGCAGAAGGGAGAAGCAGGGCACGACGGUGUGGGGCAACCCGGCCCCCCCGGCCCCCCCGGGCCCCCUGGACAGCUGACCUUCGUCUCCGAGGACGGGGGCCCCGCCGGACCCAAGGGAGAUGUGGGACCUCGAGGCCCGCCGGGCUCCCCGGGAGCCAAGGGGGAGAAGGGCGAGCCUGGCAGCGCCCUCUCACUCGCCGCCAAAGGAGAAAAGGGCAGCCAAGGCUACAGGGGCCCCCCGGGCCCGUAUGGACGUCCUGGGCACAAAGGGGAAAUCGGGCUUCCUGGAAGACCAGGCCGCCCGGGCAUGAACGGCCUGAAGGGGGAGAAGGGGGAGCCCGCAGACGCCCAGGGAGGCCUGGGGCCGAGGGGCCCCCCCGGACUCCCGGGGCCCCCCGGCCCCCCGGGCCCUCCCGGCCCCCUCGGAGCUUCCUUCUACGACAAUAAUGGAUUUCUGGAGCCGGGCCGCCCCGGGCCCCCCGGAUUGCCAGGUUACCAGGGCCCCCCCGGAGCGAAGGGCGAGAAGGGAGAAGCAGGACCCGCGGGGCCACCAGGGAUCCUGCCCUUUGACUUCAGCACCUUGGUGGGACACAUGAAGGGGGAGAAGGGAGAUGGAGGCACCAAAGGGGAAAAGGGUGAACCUGGCACUGGCGGGUUCUUCAGCUCUGGAGUCCCGGGCCUGCCCGGCCCUCCUGGGCCCCCGGGGUACCCUGGCGUCCAGGGUCCCAAGGGAGACAGCAUCAGGGGUCAGCCCGGCCCCCCGGGGCCUCAGGGACCUCCAGGCAUAGGCUAUGAGGGACGGCAGGGCCCCCCUGGGCCUCCUGGGCCCCCUGGACCACCGUCAUUCCCAGGACCCUACAGGCAGACUAUCAGUGUUCCUGGCCCCCCAGGGCCCCCAGGGCCCCCUGGCCCUCCAGGGAGUUCAGGGACGUCAUCAGGGCAGCUGAGGAUCUGGAACAGCUACCAGACCAUGCUCAGCCGGGCCCACGAGGUGCCCGAGGGCUGGCUGCUCUACGUCUCCGAGCGGGAGGAGCUCUACGUGCGUGUGCGCGCCGGCUUCAAGAAGGUCCUGCUGGAGGCCCGGCCCGUGCUCUCCCGAGGCUCGGAUAACGAGGUGGCCGCCCUGCAGCCGCCCGUCGUCGAGUACGCCCCGGGCAGCUCGGCCCCGGCUGGCUCCCAGGCGCACGCCGGCGGCCUGCCCUACCCCCGGCGGGACUCUCCCCCCUCGACCGCCAAGCCCUGGAGGGCCGACGACAUCCGGGUCGACCACCCGCGACUGCCCGAGCACGCGGGCCCCCAGCCGCCCCAUCCGGACCGCCUCCCCGGCUCCCACGGCCACGUGCAGCCGCCCCAGCCCACGGCCCCCGCCGGGCAUGCCCACCACGACUUCCAGCCUGCCCUCCAUCUCAUCGCUCUCAACAGCCCGCAGAGCGGCGGCCUGCGCGGCAUCCGGGGGGCCGACUUCCAGUGCUUCCAGCAGGCCCGCGAGGUGGGCCUGCUGGGCACGUUCCGGGCCUUCCUGUCGUCACGCCUGCAGGACCUGUACAGCAUCGUGCGCCGGGCCGACCGCCAUCACGUGCCCAUCGUGAACCUGCGGGACGAGCCGCUCUUUGACAACUGGGAGAGCCUGUUCUCGGGCUCCGAAGGCCAACUUCCGCCCGGCGCCCGCAUCCUCUCCUUCGACGGCAGGGACGUGCUCCAGCACCCGGCCUGGCCGCAGAAGAGCGUGUGGCACGGCUCGGACCCCAAGGGCCGCCGGCUGACCGAGAGCUACUGCGAGACCUGGAGGACCGACCGCGGCGGCGCCAGCGGCCAGGCGUCCUCCCUGCUCUCCGGCCGGCUGCUCGGGCAGAAGGCGGCCGCCUGCCACAGCGCCCUCGUCGUGCUCUGCAUCGAGAACAGCUUCAUGACGGCCGCCUCGAGCAAGUAGGCCGCCGGCCGGCCCACAGCGCGCACCCCAUGUAGCCGCGGAGCAAUAAAGAGAAACCAAAGAGUGGA